AACAGUCUUCGAGGUCUUUUCAAGAUGGCGUCGACACAGUUAACGGAUGAGGAGCUUUUCAUGGAAUUAAAACGUUUUGGUUUCACUCCAGGUCCUGUCACCGAAAACACUCGUCCUGUGUACUUGAAGAAACUGAAGAAGCUUCGCGAAGAGCAGCAGCAGCGAGGGUUCAGGCCUGGUAAAACCCGUACUAUCGGGGCCAUCAACAGUACCACUGGCGUCGGUAGCACAGCGGCAUCUAGGCCAGUCAGCCAUGACGUCACGCACCUGAGCGCAAGUAGGAGACCGGGCCGGAAGUCCUCCCUCCUCGGCUUCAGCUCCGACGAGUCUGACGCUGAAAGCCCACUAAAAAGGAAAGGCCUCAGUCACAGUGGCAGAGCAAACAGAAGCUCCAGUUCGCAGCAGCAACCGAAGAUUAGGCCAGCUACAACACCUAGCGUGGCUCUCAAGAGUCGGUACGACCCGAGUGCGACGGCGAGCAGCAAUUUUUCCCUGGGUCAGAACGGAGAUAGAAGCGUCUCUGUGGGCUGGGGACUGGGGGCCAGAUCCGGUCCUGACGCAGAACAAAGGCAUUUCGACGACUCGGGGGAUGAGAACAAUUAUGAGGAGGAACUGGAAAAGAAGUCUCGCUCUUUAAAUGGUCGCAGUGCGUCUCGCCUGAGCACCAGCAAACUCGCUGGGGAUUAUUCAGACUCGGACGAGGAGGAAGUUGGUGGGCCUGGCGCGGGAGACCCAGAGCGCGAGAGACUGGAGCCUAGACGGAACCACCCCAAAGUGGCGUUAUCUUCCAAGCUUACUGAUCGAGGAUCUACGAUCGGAGGGGAACACACCGAGGUUACGCCGCCUAGUUUUCUAAAUAUGGGGGGGAGCCGAGGUGAGGAUGAAGAGGAAGACGAUCCAAAGAGAAGAGACUUUGGCCGCUUGGGAGACUCACUGAGUCACAGAUUUCCAAGGCAGACCGUCUACGCGUCUGUUACCGAAAACCACGAAGGAAAGGCCGGUAAAAACAAUCCCGCCAGCGUUGAGGACGGAACCUCCAGAAGCAACAGCACUGGGUUGAGACCGCGCUUCCCUCACUACAGCAGUCUGUCCCAGGCGUACAGGUGCAACCAUUCUAAUCACAACCCCGCUGCCAACCAUUCCUGCAGCCAGGCAGUGCUCAAGAGACGCGUGUCUGUCCCGGAGGAUGAGCUUCUGCAGCAGUUCAAAAGGGAAGAGCUAGCUUCCUCCGGUAGCUUUAGCGCUCAUUACCUGUCCAUGUUCCUGCUCACAGCAGCCUGCCUCUUCUUUGUGCUGCUAGGCCUCAUGUACCUUAGGAUGAGGGGUUCAGGAGCCACGGAGGUGGAUGACGUCAUUAAGAGCCACCCCUUUGGCAGUGAGUUUGACACUUCUUAUGAAAAAGCACAGAAGGACGUGAUCCUAAACCUGCUGCUCAAUCUGCAUGACCACUUGGCCCUCGUUGCUGGCCAGCAUGACUGUGGAGACCAGCAGCACCCAAACAGGAAUCUGUCCAUGGAUGAGGCCUCGGCGUAUUUACUGGGUCAGAACAAAGAGUUUGAAGACUUCAUUCAUGUUUCUCUCGAGUGGAUCAUCCGGACUGGCCAGGAUGUUGGCAUAAGGCUGAUGGGGCCAGUAGCUGAUGAUCCAGUGACUGACGUGUCUGAGGUCAUUUGGCUGGAGUCCACUCAUCCCAAGAUGUCCUUCAUGUGCCGCUUCCGCAGAGCCUUCUUCACCGUCAUAAACAGAGUCCUCCUCAUCGUAGUCGCGGUAGGCUGUGUGUGGAGUGUGGUCUGCUACAUGAAGUAUCGCUGGAGGAGAGACGAGGAGGAGACGAGGCAAAUGUAUGACAUGGUGGAGAGGAUCAUCGAUGUGUUGAAGACUCACGGUGAGGCUUGCCAAGAGAACCAGGACAUGCGGCCGUACCUGCCGAUCCCACACGUCAGAGACUCUCUGGUUCAGCCGCAGGAGCGAAAGAAAAUGAAGAAGAUCUGGGAGAGAGCUGAGAGCUUCCUUUCGGCCAAUGAAUCGAGGAUUCGAACAGAGACUCAGAGGAUCGGUGGAGAGGACUUCCUGGUUUGGAGGUGGAUCCAACCUUCUUUUAAUUGUGACAAGGCCUCCUUGAUUACCUCCAAAGUCUGGCAGGGAAAAGCUUUUCCUCUGGACCGGAGGAAUUCACCUCCCAACAGCCUGACCCCAUGUCUGAAAAUCAGAAACAUGUUUGACCCAGUCAUGGAGGUGGGGGAGAACUGGGACCUAGCCAUUCGAGAGGCCAUCCUAGAGAAAUGCAGCGAUAAUGAUGGCAUCGUCCAUAUAGCUGUUGCUCCUUCACUGCUUUAUAACAGGAAAGCCUUCGGUUUGGGUCACAGCAGAGCUUUGUCAUUUGUUUCAAUUUCCUUUUCUCCAAACAGGAAAUUUGCAGAUGAUGUUCAGCAGUGCAGUGUUUGUUUUUUGUACUCUUUGUAUUAGAAAUGUUAUGGAUUUAAGAAGGAAGCAAAGUUCUUCUGGAAUAUUUAAGAUGUGUGCAGAGACUCAAUCUUCUAUUCUUCCACAUAUAAAGUCAUGGUAUGAUUAUAGUUGAUUUGGCCGUGUAUGGAGGUGGCUGCAUGUGUCGAGUGUGCCUCUGUGUAAACUCAGUGCAGCGCGGUGUGUUGGAUCUGUUAUUUUCAUUAGUAUCAUUUAGUCCAGCGGGAAAGACGGGAACAGACGUGUGGGUGGUGCUGUAAAUAUGUGAAGCACGAGCUUUAUCGCAUCUUCUCGACUAAAGUAAACCUGAAGCACACAUUUUUCCUGCUGCUCACGUACCUCAGAGUACACUUGUAUCCAAAGGCAAAGAGAAAAGGCUACACAAGCAACAGUUUACAGGAUGUUUCAGUCACUUUGUGAUUGCCUUACGUUUGGCUCCUUUCCCCUCUUUGUGCUUGAGUUUGUCAUAGCGUCCUGCAGUGCUCCUGAACGCUCACCUUCUGAGCAGUAUAGCAGAAUCAGGUAGUGUGUUUAACAUUCCCCUGAAGCUCUUUUCCUCAUAUAGGACUAUAUAUUCCGAAGUAAUUAUUUCAGAUUUAUUUUAUUUUCUAUAACCCUACCCCGUCCUUCAUGUUGGGUCAUUUAUACAAUGAGCAUGUACACCAAUUGAAUUAAAUUUCCAGACCAGUGGUGAAUGAGCAGUAUGUGUUGUCUUUGCAUAUACAUGACCUGCACACAGACCUGAUCUGUGCUCAGCUACUGAGCUGCACAGAUGGAACCUCGUUCUUCGGUCCCAUCAGCCUCUUAAUGAUGCCACCAUUGUUUCUGUGGAGCACCAUGAAGAUUUCCCAAAUAUUCCAGACAGGAAGGAGGCUGAGCUUAGGGAUUCCAGGUGGUCUUUGUUUUUAACCAGUUGCUGUGUUCCUCAAACUAACAAACCAGGUGUUGCUAUUUUUAUGCAGUGAGAUGAAAUUAGGGUUCAGUUUUUUGCAGUGUGAAAUUGUACAGACGGUGCACACUUGAAAUGCUCAAAGCCUGCUGCACAGACGUGCAGUAGAUGACCCAACUGUGCCUUAAAUUUGUGCCCCCCCUCCUCAGUUUUUUAACCUGGCGAUGCAUUACUGGAGAAUGUGGUUUAAAGGGUGAGUACGGCCAACACUUAGUUCUGUCACAUCUUAAGUUUUGGUGUUCUGUAGCUGUUUCUUUUGAUAUGAAACCAAAAGCUUGUAUUUAUUUAUUUUUUUUUAACAACCAAGGUGAUAUACUCUUAUGUCACUGGAUCUGUUAAAUAUGUGUCAUAACUUCUUUUUUUUUUUUUUUUUUUUUUUUGGCAUCAAGGAUCUACCAUAUAUUGUCAGGAUGUGUAAAACAACAACAUAAUAAAGACUUUGAGAAAUAAGCCAGUUGUUAGUGCAUCACUGUAGUUAUUUUUGUACGUGUCCAUGAGAGCUGCAGCCUGGAGCGUCUGUGAGGGCUCACAGUGGAUGAUGGAUGUGAUGGCACAUCCACCCCUGAUGUGUUUAUGUAAAUGCUGUACAUUACUGUAAGUAAUCUGUACCAUUAUAUGCAGCUUUAUUUCUAUUGUAUGGGUAGGCCUGGGGAACAAUAUGAUAGACAUUUUAAAUGUGAUUUGUAAGUUGUACAAAAUGCUCAUAUUAAAGGUUUAUUAGUUUUUA